AUGCUGCGUGCGGCACCCGCAGAGUUCAACGCUCGGCCGAUCCGGCGAUCGCUUAUCGCCUUCUACUUCAUGCUGGUCUGGCUCUCUGCACUCUACUGGCUGAGAUGUCGCGGGAUUCAGCGAGAAGCUGCUGCCGAUACUUUGGGCGAUGAGGGCCACCGGCACCUUCCUGAUUGUGGUGUCGUUCACCUUUGCCGCCACUGUGCAAGCUACUUUGUCUUGAGUAUUCUGAACAUGCCGCCGGGCAUCUACCGGGCAUUCGAGAAGACUUUCCGCUUGGGUUUCCUCGGCGACUUAGAUCUCUACGAGCUGGACCAUCCCUUCGUCCACCUCUUCUUCUACUUCGUGGCAUUUGGCAUGACCAUCGUGCAGAUGAACCUCUUCACCGGUAUCUUGAGCGCCAACUAUACACCAAGUACUCUAAGCAAGCCUCGGCGUUGGCGGCGCGCGAACGGAUGCCGCUUCUGGAAUACCAAGCGUGUGAACCCUGUGAACCCUGGUGAUGGGAAGAAAGAUGAGGAAUGGCUCUUUGCCGUGUUUCACGAUCGCUCUGCUGACGAGGCCAUGGCAGAGGACAAGCUCAAGCUGAAAUCCUCGCAGGGUGAGAUCUUCGAAGUUGAUCCAGAGGUUGCGACGAUGUCGACGCUGAUCAAGAACAUGGUCGAGGACAGUGGGACAGAUGAGGAAAUUCCACUGCCGAAUGUGAAGACAGCUAUCCUGAGCAAGGUGAUUGACUAUUGCAAGUACCACAAGGACAACCCUCCCGAGGAGAUUCAAAAGCCGCUGAAGAGCACCAAUCUGGUGGAGUGCGGUGUAUCGGAGUGGGACAGCGAGUACGUGAACAUUGAGCAGGAGGUCCUGUUUGAGUUGAUCCUGGCGGCCAACUAUCUGGACAUCAAGAGCUUGCUGGACCUCACCUGCGCGAAAGUCGCCUCCAUGAUCAAGGGCAAGAACACCGAAGAGAUUCGCAAGCAGUUCAACAUCGUGAACGACUUCACCCCCGAGGAGGAAGCCCAGGUGAGGGAAGAGAACCGCUGGUGUGAGGAUGCGUUAGCAGCCCUGCCAAACUCGCUUCCGCACAAGGCAGGCGUUGCGGGAGCUGUGCUUGCGAUGAAGCUGCAGAAGCUGUUGCUGCGCUGGGCCCCGCCUGGACUUGGUUUGCAGAUCCUUCAAGAUGAUGGCACAGAAUCCGUCAUGCACAAGGAGCUGCCAGGAAAGGAGGAAGUUACGUGUGCUGAACAAGUGCAAGCAAUGGCCAAGAACCUUUGUGUGGAGCACCCUGAACUUCUUGCCAAGAAGCGGAAGGUUCUCACUGCGCAGCUUGCCAGACUCUACGAAGUGGAUUUGGCUCCUUCAUCAUCCUCAUCCACCACACCGUCCUCCUCAAAAUCAUCGUCCUCGUCCUCUGUUGCCCAGGCCGCACACGCGCAACUGCCUGGGAUUCAGUCGUCGCACCUUGACUCCUUUGUCUUCAGACCAUCUUGUGGGGGAAUGAUGAUGCCGCUGCCGGCCCAAGCUGCAAUGGACAAGCUGAAGCUCAAGUCCUCACAGGGGGAAAUCUUCGAAGUCGACCCUGAGGUAGCGACCAUGUCAACUUUGAUCAAGAACAUGGUCGAGGACAGUGGCACGGACGAGGAGAUCCCUCUGCCAAAUGUGAAGACUGCAAUUCUCAGCAAGGUGCCACGUCUCGUUUGUAGCGGAACAGGGAUGACUGCUAGCGUCGACUGCCAGGUAAUUGACUAUUGCAAGUAUCACAAGGACAACCCUCCCGAGGAGAUUCAAAAGCCGCUGAAGAGCACCAAUCUGGUGGAGUGCGGUGUAUCGGAGUGGGACAGCGAGUACGUGAACAUUGAGCAGGAGGUCCUCUUUGAGUUGAUCCUGGCGGCUAACUAUCUGGACAUAAAGAGCUUGCUGGACCUCACCUGCGCGAAAGUCGCCUCCAUGAUCAAGGGCAAGAACACCGAAGAAAUUCGCAAGCAGUUCAACAUCGUCAACGAUUUCACCCCUGAGGAGGAAGCGCAGGUCCGUGAGGAGAACCGAUGGCAGCUCACUUUCGAGUCUUGCGCCAUGGCGGAUGGUGACAAGCUGAAGCUGAAGUCCUCCCAGGGUGAGAUUUUUGAGGUCGAUCCUGAGGUUGCUACCAUGUCGACCCUGAUCAAGAACAUGGUCGAGGACAGUGGGACGGAUGAGGAAAUCCCGUUGCCGAACGUAAAGACUGCAAUACUCAGCAAGGUAAUUGACUAUUGCAAGUACCACAAGGACAACCCUCCCGAGGAGAUUCAAAAGCCGCUGAAGAGCACCAAUCUGGUGGAGUGCGGUGUAUCGGAGUGGGACAGCGAGUACGUGAACAUUGAGCAGGAGGUCCUGUUUGAGUUGAUCCUGGCGGCCAACUAUCUGGACAUAAAGAGCUUGCUGGACCUCACCUGCGCGAAAGUCGCCUCCAUGAUCAAGGGCAAGAACACCGAAGAGAUUCGCAAGCAGUUCAACAUCGUCAACGAUUUUACCCCCGAAGAGGAGGCUCAGGCCGUGCAGUUUUAUCCACAAAGAUGUGACAAGCUGGGCAUUUGCCUCCUGCAACGAGGUGCAUGUCAGGGCGGCCCUGGCAUGGGGGCUCCUCCUGCGCAGCUGGUGCUGCUCCGAGAGGUCGUGGGAGCAGGCCUGCCUGACGAUGCACUGGCAUCGGCAUGGCAGCGGUCAGGUGGUGAUCUAGCUGCAGCAGUGAAUCUUCUCCUCGAUGCACCCGCAACGGCGCCGGCGCGGCCCUGCAAGACCAUAGAGAUUGAGCUAGAUGACUCGGAUGGCGACGACCUGCUGGCAAAGCCAGUCGACUUUGAGCUGCAAGCUUUCCUGCACAAGAAGUUGCGCAAGUGCCAAGUGCUAGCAGCGGCAGCCGGGGCCGGGGCUUCGGCAAAGCCUGCCCGCAGCCGCACUUGCAACAUCGAGUGGUCCAUGGCUUUGGGCAGUGUCCAAUUCAAAGCGUGGAGCACGGUCCGGCUUGGGGCAGAGCAGCGCUUCCCAACAGGGGACGCCGACGGCAGCUACGGACCGCUCCUGUGCCCGGGGCGGCGACUGGAGCUGAGGUGGGCCGUUGAGGCCAAGAAGUCACGGGCCCGACCUGGCACAGCUUCGUCGCAGGUGGGUGCAGAGACAGGAACCAUCCGCUUCGAUGCUUGUGGUCAAGAGGUGGGGCGUUUCUCAGCGGACGCGAACAAGACUUUGGUUCCACUCCUCGCCCGGCGGCUCAUCGACGUGGAGGCGGUGGUUGGCAGGGAUCCACCCCGAGCUCUGGACUUGGGCACCGACCUACCGGUCGUGGUGCGCGUGUCCUUGCGGUCUGUUGCCUUGCGAACCCCGGGGCAGAGCACCAGCACUGCCAGCACUGUCACUGCCCAGACUGGCCAGCCCGUGGAAGCAGAGAAUGCUAAAAGCAAGUCCAAAGGACAGAAUCAGAAAGCAGCCGCCGACUCGGUUCUUGACCAGUGCCAUCGAAAUUUCCUGCACACCUGCGAAACCUGCGACAUCAGGUUGAAAUUGCCUUGCCGUCGGCGUGCUGCCUUCGAGGGCGACGUGAUGGUCAAUGCGGCGGAUGAGCCGCCGCCCAAAGCCGAAGGCCAAGAAGACUGUGCCUUUGAGAACACGUCCCACUUUCAUUUUAAGGGAGGCAUGGAGGAGGAGCCGGAGGAGGAAGAGGAGAUGUCCAGAGUUGCUGCAGCUCAGCUAGGUAGAAGUGACCAGCUUGAGCGACAUGAUCUGCCCGGGAUCGUCUUGCCAAGUGGCAUUUUUGAGACGAGGCUGAGACCAUACCAGGCUCAGGCGGUGUUCUGGAUGUGGCAAAGGGAGAACCCCACAUCGUCCCUGCUGUCGUGCUACAAGAAUCCUGAUCCGCACAGAGACGAAGAGGUUGAAGCCUGUGCAAGUCCAAAAACGUCGCAAGCCGCACAGGAGCCGCCUCAUGAAAGGCAGCUGCAUCCCAUGUGGGAUGAGUAUGAGCUGCCGGAGGAGACAGGUCCAUUGCCCGGAGGCAAGGAGUCAACACGCUACCUGUACUACCAUCGCACCACCGGCGCCUUGUCGCUCGACUUUCCAGACGCGGCUCUGGCGCAUUGCCGUGGGGGCAUACUGGCCGAUGACAUGGGUUUGGGCAAGACCGUUAUGUGCCUGGCACUGACCGCGCUGGAUUGCGGCCCCUGCAGCGUGCCAACAGCUCGGAAGGCUGCGCCGGAGCUUCGAAUGCUGGAGGAAGCCGAUUCGUCUAACCAGAAGAACGCAUUCUUUCAGCAAGACGCGGGCGGGGUUGGUGGUGUUCUGGUUGUAGCGCCGCUCUCGCUGAUUCGGCAGUGGUUCUCGGAGGCUCAGAAGCACUUCUUCGAUUCAGCCGUCCCAUCGAUCCAUGAGUUCCACGGUUCAGGCAAGAACAUCUCCUUGGAGCAGCUGCGAAACACCGGAAUCGUUUUGACCACCUACAAUACGUUGGCCUCCCAACCACAAGAUUCAUUGCUUUUCCAGGUGUACUGGAGGAGAAUCAUCCUCGAUGAGGCCCAUAGCAUCAAGAACCGUUGCAGCAGGCAAGCACAGGCGGCUUUCCAGUUGCGAGGCUUCUGCAGAUGGUGUGUCACAGGCACGCCUCUUCAGAACAGUGUAGAGGAGCUCUACUCCACGGUACGAUUCUUGCGUGUGGAGCCUUGGUGCGCAUGGCCGUGCUGGCGCAAAGCUGUUGCGAUACCUCUGGAGCGUGGGCGCCACGGUGAUCCCGAUGCCAUGACACAGGCACUGGACACUGCUCGGCGCAUUGUCCGGGGCCGAGGGGCGGGCUCUAUUCUGAAGAAUACCGGGCCGGAGCCGACGGAGCCACUUAGCCCAUGA